AAGUAAAUUUUGUAAGAAGUUAUUUUUUUCUCUGCAAUUUUUCUAGAUUUUCUGUGAAAAUAAGUGAGUAAUUGUUGUGAAAAAAGUCUCUAAAUGUCUCUUGGAAGAUGUUCUCUUGCAUUCAUGACGAUAAAAUGUUAAGAAGAGAACGUAAAUUGUGUUUUUGGGUGUUGUUUUUCUGGAAAUGUCAAAAUCUUAGAAUUUUUCAUUAUUAGUUUUUUUUUCACCUACAAUUUUCACAAAAGUUUUGAUUAUUGCACAAUGAAAAAAUUUGCAUUAAUGAAGCCUUAUAAAAAAAGAGAUUUCAUUGAUUGGAGAAAAGAUUUUCAGCGCAAUAGAAGAAUUUAGGGAAUUUACUUUUAUUAUGUGGGAAACCACCUGCUGUGACCCCCUCCCAUGACGUCCGGAAAAAUUUUAUUUUCUCACAGUUUGUGAAAUAAUUUCCAUGCGAGUCCUUUCUUUGAUUUAGAGCUUGUAAACUUUAAAUCAAAUUCUACGUUAUGUUCCUGCAGAGCCUUCAUUCCCGGAUUUUUCUUCAUUAUCCUUAUCGCAAUUUACGUGAUUCUCCAGUGAUGGCGAAGACACUCACAGUGGGUUGUUGGGGGGGUAGAUAAGAAAAAGAAUUUCUCCAGUGAAAAAUCAUUAUAUAAAUAAACAUGAGGGGAUAAACAGGAAGCUCAUCCAGGGAAUAAUUGCAGUAAAAUAUGGCAGAGAGUUCAGGAAGUCGAGGAGUCAAUCAGGGAUUCCAUCAACUUAGUGUUACGCUGGAACAGGCAUCACUGAGGAAUGUUGGCUUCCUCAAACCCAAUCCCUAUGUGGAGCUUUCUGUGGAUAGUAAGAGCACGCGAAAGACGGAAUUUGUGAAGAAUACAUAUCUACCGAAAUGGAAUGAGGAGUUCACGGUGCUGGUAACACCAAAUUCCACAUUACAAUUUCGCGUAUUGGAUCAUUCGACUUUCCGCAAGGAUGUUCUUAUUGGUGAACAAAGCCUGAGCUUAGGGCAGAUCCUGCAGCACUACAAUGGGCGCUGUGAGAACUUGGAGCUCACAAUGGACCUCUUGGCCACAUCAAAAUCCCCGGAUGCACGACAGAAUAAGUGUGGGGAGCUCGUGACGGUGCUCAAUGGUCUGAAGAUUGACAUGAAGAGUGUUGUGAUUACAAAUGGUGCAUCCGGAUCGGUGAAUGGUGGUGAGAUUGGUGGUGUCUCUGGGGGACGAAGCAGUGUUCUCAAUGGCGGUGUGAGAGCACGUCAGAGAUUACGGAGUGUAACUGGUGGUACAACAGGUGGACCAAGUACUUCACCCAGCAGUAUUAGUGAAUGCCUAAGGACAGUCUCCUUCUCUCCAGAACAUUCACAGAGCACUGUGAAUGGGACAGCAGGUGCAUAUGCCACAAGUUCUGCUGGGGCCGUUCGUAGGAACAGCGGUAUGAACUGGGAGAAUGCCAUUGUAUCGGAUAAUAGUCAAUCUAAUGGAUCAGUUCUUUCGGUACCAGCAGCAGCGGCAACAAUACCGAACUAUCACGCCCAAGGAAGUCCUAAUAUGUCAAUGAAUGGAGCUACAGGAGGAGCAGCAAGUUCCGGUGCUAGUGGUCUCGUAAAUGGUGGAAGUCCAGCCCCAAUAUCCAAUUCCACGGAUCAGCAACUUGCUGCAUCACAAACAACCAAUGAUGAUGAACCCCUACCCGUUGGCUGGGAGAUUCGUUUCGAUCAGUACGGGAGACGGUACUACGUUGAUCAUAAUACACGAUCAACGUAUUGGGAAAAACCAACGCCCUUACCGUCAGGUUGGGAAAUUCGACGAGAUCCGCGUGGGCGUGUUUACUACGUGGACCACAAUACGCGUACAACAACAUGGCAGCGCCCAAAUACGGAGCGUUUGCAGCAUUUCCAACAUUGGCAGGGUCAGAGGGCACAUGUGGUGUCGCAGGGGAAUCAACGAUUCCUGUAUCCACCCGCAGCUGCAGGAGCCUUGCCACAGGGGGGGAGUACAACACAAGAGGAGGACGAUGGGCUAGGGCCCCUUCCGGAUGGCUGGGAGAAACGCGUUCAGCCGGAUAAUCGUGUUUACUAUGUGAAUCACAAGAAUCGUACAACACAGUGGGAAGAUCCUCGAACGCAGGGUCAAGAAGUGAGUCUAAUGAGUGAAGGCCCCCUGCCGCCAGGCUGGGAGAUUCGAUACACCGUCAAUGGGGAACGUUUCUUUGUGGAUCACAAUACACGUCGAACGACCUUUGAGGAUCCCCGACCGGGGGCGGCGCAGAAAAAUGGCGGGAAGGGUGUUUAUGGCGUUCCACGGGCCUACGAGCGUUCAUUCCGCUGGAAACUCAGUCAAUUCCGCUACCUGUGCCAGAGUAAUGCCCUCCCGUCACAUAUCAAGAUCACCAUGACACGCCAGACGCUCUUUGAGGACUCCUACCAUCAGAUUAUGCGACUACCAGCCUAUGAGCUACGUCGUAGACUCUACAUAAUUUUCCGCGGGGAAGAAGGACUCGACUACGGCGGUGUUUCGCGUGAAUGGUUCUUCUUACUCUCCCACGAAGUUCUCAAUCCCAUGUAUUGCUUAUUUGAGUAUGCCAACAAAAAUAACUACAGUCUACAAAUUAAUCCAGCAUCUUAUGUGAAUCCUGAUCAUUUACAAUAUUUCAAAUUUAUUGGACGCUUCAUUGCUAUGGCUCUUUACCAUGGAAGGUUUAUUUAUUCUGGCUUCACCAUGCCCUUCUACAAACGCAUGCUGAAUAAGAAAUUAACAACAAAGGACAUUGAAUCCAUCGAUCCAGAAUUCUAUAAUUCAUUAGUUUGGGUACGAGACAACAAUAUCGACGAAUGCGGAUUAGAAUUGUGGUUUAGUGUUGAUUUUGAGGUACUCGGACAGAUUAUUCAUCAUGAAUUGAAGGAGAAUGGAGAUAAAGAACGUGUUACGGAAGAGAAUAAGGAGGAAUAUCUUACGUUAAUGACAGAAUGGAGAAUGACGAGAGGUAUUGAACAGCAGACAAAGACAUUUUUAGAUGGCUUCAAUGAAGUUGUACCACUUGAGUGGUUAAAGUAUUUCGAUGAGCGCGAAUUGGAGCUAAUGUUGUGUGGAAUGCAGGAAAUUGAUGUUGAUGAUUGGCAAAGGAAUACAAUUUACAGGCACUACAAUCGGAACAGUAAGCAGGUGCUAUGGUUCUGGCAGUUUGUCCGUGAAACGGAUAAUGAGAAACGAGCACGAUUGCUUCAGUUUGUAACGGGUACAUGCCGUGUCCCAGUGGGUGGAUUUGCCGAACUUAUGGGCUCAAAUGGGCCACAGAGAUUUUGCAUUGAGAAGGUGGGCAAGGAAACGUGGCUCCCGCGAUCGCAUACAUGCUUCAACCGUCUUGAUUUACCGCCCUACAAAAGCUAUGACCAACUUGUUGAAAAACUCAAUUAUGCCAUCGAGGAAACUGAAGGAUUUGGGCAGGAGUAGUCAGAGAAACAAAUAUUUUAUUCAACGCGUUUUAUCGCCUGUCCCCGUGAAAAGUCAUUGUAACUGCAUAAAUAGAGAUUACACAUAGCAGUUUACAUAUACUUUUACAUAAUGUUAGGCAAUAUAGGGUUUAAAAUAACUUUAAUCUUUUAUUUUUUUCUGUGUAAAUACUUGUUAAUAAAAAAAAUGGUGAGACAGAAUAUUUAGAUAAAAAAAGUACAUUAGAGUUAUGUAUAGAGACAAAAAAAAUUAUAUAUAUUAUUGCAGUUGUGUAUAAAUUGAGUGGGUAAUGAAGAAAAAAAAUUGAAGGAGGAAAAUUGCAUGAAAGAGAGAGAGAGUGAGACCAAUUAAGGAUCAGUGAUAUAUCAAUUUUACUUUUAGAAAUGACUUUAAAUGCGAUAAAAAUUUAUAAAAAUUCAUUAGUUCUCAAGAAAAGAUGAAAAGAAAAUUUAUUUUUUACAAAAAAAAUUCUUUGAAAAUCAAGAUCGGCUCCUCUUUGAAUUUCCUCACACUAUAUAGAUGCUAAAAAAAAGGGAUGAAUGUGUGACUUAAGGGACACACAUUUAUAUAAGUAAGGAGAACACUUGGACACAGUGAUGAUCUUCUGCAGAAAAUGUAUAGAGAUGUAAUACAAUAAAUGCUAUCAAAAUA